AUGAAGAUGUAUGUUAGCAUGAGCUAUGGUUUGAUGGCAUUAUUGCUUGUGAUCAUCUCCUUAUGGUGCACCAAGACCAUGGCACAGGCCAUGAUGCAUCAAUUGGAGGUCCAACAACACCUGAAAUGGUUGAAAACACCCACCGCCAAGAGCAUAAAGAGCCCGGAUGGGGAUAUCAUAGACUGUGUCCAUAUCUAUCAUCAGCCAGCCUUUAAUCAUCCUUUACUCAAAAACCAUACUAUCCAGAUGAGACCAAGUUUGCCCCCAUCAGGCCUAUACGAUGAGAACGAGGAAAGUAGCUCCAUACCUCAGCUUUGGCAUCAAAAUGGGAGGUGCCCCGAGGACACUAUCCCUAUUAGAAGGACAAAGAAAGAAGAUGUGCUAAGAGCCAGCUCUGUCGAAAGAUAUGGGAAGAAGAGCCCGGGGACAAUCCCAAAUCCCACUCCUUCACAAAUAUCGCCACAAGAUGUCGAAUAUGACUUUGCGGUUGUUUAUGCACCGGGCAAGUACUAUGGAGCAAAGGCAAUCAUAAAUGUGUGGAAUCCGAUGGUGGAACGGCCAAAUGAGUUCAGUGCAAGUCAGAUUUGGGUUCUUGGGGGUCCUACAGCACAAGAUACCGUCGAAGCUGGCUGGCAUGUUGAUCGAGGUCUGUAUGGAGAUAAUAAAACAAGGCUAUUUACUUACUGGACUAAUGAUGGUUACAAUUCAGCAGGCUGCUUCAACCUACUCUGCCCUGGAUUCAUUCAAGUCAACAAGGACAUUGCAUUGGGUGCCUUUAUCCACCCUAUUUCUAGCUAUGGUGGAUCCCAAUAUCAGAUCACUUUAUUUAUUUCAAAGGAUCCAAAAACUGGGAAUUGGUGGUUGCAGUUUGGGAAU